GACAUAAUUUAUAAGUCGUUGUCACAUAUAAGGCUCUAUUAUAAUAGUAAAAAAAUUAUAAUAAUAUGGCAGUUGAAAACGAAUGAGCAGUUAACAUCCUUCAGCAUAGGGGCUGUGGUUAGUUCGUUUAAUUUGGGCGUGACAACAUAACGUGAAAACUGUAAGGCGACUAACGCAGCAUAUAAGGCUUUAUAUGGAAACAAAAGGAAGCUUAACAUUACUUCCUUGUUGUGGCGCAACAAACUUAUAAGCCACGUUUCAAGUUGGCAUUUUAACUAUUGUUACUUACGUGUGCUUGUCAUCAGUUGCACCAGUUUUCUUAUUAUGACAUUACAAGUCUUCGUUUAGAAACUGCGUCAUUUCCUUGCGCAUGAGUGUGGAAAGCGGUGGGUUGCAUUGUGGGUUUGAACAGGAAGCAGUGACUACACACACACACGCAUUGUCUGCUUGCGUCGCAAUAACAGUUUCUUGUGUCAGUAACCGCUAUAAGCAUAAGGCAGACUCAGCUUCAAAAUAUGUUUACAUUGAAAGUACGAAAAAGUACAAAACUACUUAAACAAACAAUAUAGUGGCUUAUAUGGCGUUUGAAGUAGUAGUGAGCAAAAGAAACGCUAAAUUUAUGCUUAGAUUGCUCAGUUAUAAACUAAACACCGCGUUAUUAUAUUUCUGCAGUACAGAUGACGUCAUAUACUAAAAUACGAAUUGCUGAGAGAAAACUUAGAUGUAAAUAAACAAAACAAUCUGACCGUGAACAUUUUAUUAUUGUUAAAAUUUAAAUGUUAAAAACGUUAAAAACUAAACAUAACCUCGCGAACAACGUUUUCGUGAAAAUGCAAAUUAAAUUUAUGAUACAUCGUUUCGUGCGUGGGUUUAUCCUUGCACAGUUUUGUUUCUGGCACGAGUAUUUACGCACAUGUAGUCACGAAAUCAUUAUUCAAACAUGAGUAGAUUAUUAAUACAGAUUUAGUAACCAUCCUCCAAGUUUUUUUUACAAUUAGGAAGUGUACUGUUGUUGUUAUUACUGAAGUACAACACUGUACUGCUCAUGGGGAAUGCGUGCGGUGGAAGAAAAGAAACUCGACUGGUUUUGAUUGGACUUGAUCUUGCUGGAAAAACUUCAAUUUUGAACAGAUUACGGUUUAAUGAAGCUGGUGCCACUACACCGACAGUUGGAUUUAACUUUGAAACAGUUGCGUUUAAAAAUUGUGACAUUAAUAUCUGGGAUACGGGCGGCCAAGAUAAGAUCAGAGAUUUAUGGCGGCAUUAUUAUGAGGAAGUAGACGGAAUUUUAUUUGUUAUCGACUCAACGGACCAAGGAAGGAUAGAUGAAGCUAAAGAAGCCUUGCAUAAAGCCAUGCGUGAUAUUAACUUAAAAGAUGCUUUCUUGUGCGUCUUAGCGAACAAACGUGACCUUACAGAACAAUGCAUGUCGGUAGAUGAAAUUCGUAACCGCCUACAACUCACUUCGUUCCCAGAGACCAGAAUUUGGACUCUGUUGGAAGUGAGUGCAGUAAAGGGCACCGGACUAGAGGAAGUUCUCACGUGGAUAUCGUCAAAACACCGAAAAUAGCUUCAAACCGAAUAAAGCAAUAUUUUUGUGUGGCUAAUAAUGAUACAAGAUGUACUAACAUUUUAUUUAAAUUUUAAUCUUCAGCAUUUCGCUACUGUAAUCGAAGCCCAUAUUCCAAACAUGCUUUUUUAAGAACUGCAUCGGAAAUCUGGUUUCUAUUUCACGCAUACUUUACAAGAAAAUGAUAUUUUAAGAAAUGCUAAUUUUUCAUUUACAUUGAAACGUUCUAAGAAUGACAUACCUUGCCACGAAGAUUGUAGUUAGAUUGUUAGUUCUAUUUAUUAAAUAAUAUAUUGUAAUUUCGUAACAAGUUAACGAUCAGUGAUAACUCUGCAUUGACUUAAAAAUAUCUCAAACCUAUUUAUUCCACUCUUUUAUUUUGUGAAACGGUCAAAACAGCUACUAUGCAAGUUCAUUUUGACAAGGAAAAGCAA